CAGAAUAAAGCGUGAAAUAAGCAAAUACAAAAGUAAAAUCACAUUUCCAGGCGCAGACGCUUGUGCCUGCACACAGGAAUGGGACCCUGUAUGCGGCCGUGAUGGUAAAACGUACGGAAACAUGUGCGAACUGAGAUGCGCCGGCGUUCGUCGUCAAUCCCGCGGGGAAUGCCCGUGCGUGUGCACCGCAGAUUUCGACCCUGUGUGUGGCCAAGAUGCCGUCACGUAUAGCAACGAGUGCAUCAUGAUAUGCAUGGGAAUUAGCCUACGCUCGCGGGGACAAUGCCCUAAGACAGACUGCCCAUGCCCAAAGACUCUGGCCCCUGUAUGCGGUAAAGAUGGUAUAACGUACGACAACGCUUGUCUCAUGAGAUGCAACGGCGCUCGUCGACAAUCACGCGGGGAAUGUCCAGAGAAAGGUUGCCCGUGCCCUCUGAAUAUUGACCCUGUCUGCGGCGAUGAUGGCACCACUUACGACAACGAGUGCCUUAUGAGAUGCAAGGGAGUCAGCCUUCAUUCACGAGGAGAGUGCCCGUGCGCAUGUCCCCUGCAUAUUGACCCUGUCUGCGGCGAUGAUGGUGUCACGUACGAUAACGAGUGUCAAAUGACAUGCAAGGGAGUUCAUCUACAAUCGCGAGGCCAAUGUCCGAAGGUGUGCGCUUGUACCCUGAUCCUUGAUCCUGUAUGCGGCAACGAUGGCGUUACGUAUGAUAACCAGUGUGUCAUGGACUGCGCAGGUGUUAGCCUAAGAUCACGUGGACAAUGCGCCAAGACAGACUGUCCAUGCCCCAGGAUUAUGGACCGUGUAUGCGGUAAUGACGGUAUCGUGUACAACAACCCAUGUCUCAUGAGAUGCAAUGGUGCACGAAGAGUCAACGCACGCCUCUGUCUCAACUUCUAGAGAUGUGCAAAUGUUCCAGAAAUACCUCGAAUAAAAUCUGAACCUCAAUUCGAAUAAACGCAACAGCAUUACGUG